CGAAGUUUGUUUUCGUUCUCUUGCUGUUUUCCGUUACACUUGCUUUCCUACGCCAGUCUUCGUGAUCUGUCGUUCCAUUCUGAGUACAAGCCCAUAAGAUGCGCGGUAUCUUCUUCGCAGCAUCCACGCUGGUUCUCGGCAUCGCUUCCUUUCGGGCGACCGAUGCCCAGGACGUCAGCUGCCAGUUGGUUCGUCAACCCAAUGGCAGCGUUGAAUACGUAUGUGACCAAGUAAGGGAGCCAAUGCGGCCUCCCCUCGUCCCAGACGGCCAAACCUAUCAACAAGGCCCGGUAGAAAAGUACUACCUUCAACAACCGGCGGAAGAUGUGAAUGCAUCGGCAAACGCUACCAUUCCAAUCUUACGUCGUGUAGGCGUCCCGCCAUUUGAUACUCCUCUACAGGCUUGCCAAGGAAGCUGUGGAAGUGACGCAGAUUGCGCGACUGGACUCGUGUGUCUUGAUCAGUUGGAUCGGCCGCGAGAUGGAAGCGUCCAAGGAUGUUCCGGUAACGGUCGCCUGACUAUGAGCGUGUGUGUGGUACCGGGUUCGGAAGUUGAUCUCAAGAUUGGAUCGUUGUCGUUAGAAAAGUGCCAGGGGACCUGUUCUUCAGACGAUGAUUGUGCUGGUGGCCUCGCUUGUUUCCGGCGCCAAGGAACGGAAACCGUACCAGGUUGUCUCGAACGUGAUGUGAGCGAGUCUAACUUCUGCCAUGAUCCCAACGAAACCUUGGCAAGAUUAGCUUUCGUGGGUGCGGCCCCUCACUCACAGUCAUCGCUACUUCCUACAUGCUCUGGAUCCUGUUCAUCAGAUUGGGACUGCGUUCGCGGCAGUAAUUGCUUUCGUCGAGAUGGCACGGAAUCCGUUCCUGGAUGUGAAGGAAGAGGACUCAGUGGAGCCAAUUAUUGUUACAUUGCUCCGGAGGGGUCUUUGCUUCUGGUCGGCGAUGGUGUAACAUACAUACAAUAUCCAUUGAGACAAUGCGAAGGACAUUGUAUUGCCGAUAUCGAUUGCGAAAGUGGUUUGAAAUGCUUUCGACGCGAAGGUUCGGAACAUAUUCCUGGUUGUGACGGAGAGGGCGCGGAUCGAACCAACUACUGUUACCAACCAUUUCCGGAUACUUCCGGUCCAACGGAUGGCCCUACACUGGCACCGCUUUCAGUCUCCCCAUCCAAUUCUCCUUCUUUAAUCCUAACGCUUGAUCCCACCAAUAGCUUGGGAUCUCGAGGUGGCGAAUCCGAGUCCCCUUCGACACCGACAUCAGAUAUGCCGUCGAUAUCACCAUCAGAUGAACCUUCAAUGAUACCUUCUGAUACGCCGUCAAUGGUACCGUCUGACGUGCCUUCGAUGCUGCCGUCCGACGCACCCUCGAUGAUUCCAUCUGAUAGUCCCUCAGACACGCCAUCUGAUGUUCCUUCGGACGUGCCUUCGGUGUUGCCCUCUUUUUCACCUUCUAUGAGGCCUUCUGAUACUCCUUCGACAAUGCCAUCGGAUACUCCUACCGACGUCCCCUCAGAUGCCCCCUCUGAUUCACCGUCAGAUGUUCCCUCCGACGUUCCAUCAGAUGCACCUUCUGAUGUUCCCUCCGACGUCCCUUCAGAUGCACCUUCUGACGUCCCUUCAGAUACCCCCUCUGAUGUUCCCUCUGACGUCCCUUCAGAUACCCCUUCUGAUGUCCCCUCUGACGUCCCUUCAGAUACACCUUCUGCCGUACCCUCUGAUGUCCCUUCAGGUAACCCUUCUGACGUCCCUUCAGAAACCCCCUCUGACGUCCCUUCAGAUACCCCUUCUGAUGUUCCCUCUGACGUUCCCUCUGACGUUCCCUCUGAUGUCCCCUCCGACGUCCCUUCAGAUGUGCCCUCUGACGUCCCUUCAGAUACCCCUUCUGAUGUUCCCUCUGAUGUCCCUUCUGAUACUCCCUCCGAUCUCCCAUCCGACGUGCCGUCUGAUGUACCGUCCACGAUGCCGUCUUCUACGUUAGGUGGUACCUCAUCUAAUGGGCCAGUAACGGGAAAGGGCAGUCUAGCACCAACCGGUAGCUUUUCGGGUGAGUCGAGUGGAAGGCCUUCUAAGACUCCUGGUGUGAUGGUUGAAUUGAGCGCAAGGCCAAGCGAGUCUUUUACCCCAUCUCCGACUACUUUCCCAGUACUCCUUCCUUCAAAAGUACCGUCAAUAGCUCCAUCUCGCACUGAGACCGUUGCUCCGAGCACAGCCUUCCCCACUGAGACUUCGUCAUCACUGCCCACUUUGACUACGACUGUGUCUUCAGCUCCGACACAAAUGUGCAGUAUGUCCGCAUCAGAGCGCGCAAGCACCAUCAUGGGAAUUUUGGAAGAGGACUUUAACGAUGUGAGCAGUCCUCAGUUCCGGGCGGUGGAGUGGUUGGUGCAAAUAGAUCCUCUUUCGCUUUGCCCAGGAGAUGAGAACUUGGAGCAACGAUACAUUUUGGCUGUGCUGUAUUUCCAAACCGGUGGAGAAUGGUGGACACGAUGUUCACCUAUGAGUGCUGAAGUUUGCGACCAGGGUGAAGCUUUUUUGAGUGGCGCAAAUGAAUGUGCCUGGGGUGGAGUCAAUUGCGAUUCUUCGAGUCGUGUGACGGCUCUUCACUUGGAUUCAAACAACUUAUCGGGUAGUUUGCCCAGCGAGUUGGGUCGUUUGGCAUAUUUGGUCGAACUGGACAUGGACGACAACGAGCUGACGGGUUCCAUACCGCGGAUUCUGGGACAGCUUUCUUUUUUGGAAAUUGUUGACCUGGACGACAACCAAUUGACGGGAAGCAUCCCGGAAGAAUUGUACAGUGUCAGCUCGCUGGAGAUUUUGGAUCUGGAUAUUAACCAAUUGACAGGAACUAUUUCUACCCUCAUUGGCAAUCUGGUAAAUCUGUACUAUUUGCAGAUUGACUCGAACAAAUUUACGGGCAGCAUACCGUCCGAGGUGGGCACUCUGACUCGUCUCGAAUACUUCUCCAUGACCGAUAUUCAAAUAGCCGAGGCUCUACCCGACUCGUUAUGCAGCCGCGAUACCUUGCUUUUGUUCGGAGAUUGUGAGGUUUGUGUGGUAGAAGACUGCUGCACCGCUUGUCUCGCCAAGGAGACAACUCCGUAA